AUGCGGAAACAGAGGUGGCUUAGUCAGCUCAAGCUGGCUUUAGGCGCAGCGCUAAGCAGGGACUGGCGCUCCAUAGUCAUCCCAAGCUCUGGCUGGUGGAAGGAAGCGACUCUGCUGGGCACUGACGAUGCAAACCCUAGGUGUCAACACAAUGCACUGGUUGCUUCUCCACAGCUCACAGAAGGUGGCGAGGAGAGACUGGAGUCACCCCAGGAAGAUCUGCGCCUCAGUGGACAGAGUUCUCAUCAGAGGAGGCAAAACAACUCUUCUGAGUCCCCUGAAAGAAAGCCCUAUUCUCUGAAGAUCCAAAACACUACCAGCUGCAGCUCAGGCACAUACAGGUGCACUCUGCAGGAGCUGGGAGGGCACAGAAACCUCAGUGGCAUGGUGACUUUGAAAGUGACAGGAUGCUUUGAGGAGCCUAAAGAGUCAACUUUCAAGAAAUACAGAGCUGAGAUUGUCCUGCUCUUCUCACUGGUCAUUUUCUACUUAACACUCAUCAUUUUCACCUGCAAGUUUGCACGACUACAGAGUAUUUUUCCAGAUUUUUCUAAACCUGGCAUGGAACGAGCUUUUCUCCCAGUCACCUCCCCGAAUAAACAUCUGGGGCCAGUGACCGUUCACAAGACAGAAGUGGUGUGAACAGGAUUUCUGCUGUUUUGCUGAAGUCAAGGGCUCAGUGGUGUGCCUAGACACCACACUGGACAAGAGAAGAAUGAGCCCCAACUUGAAGAUGAUGACACCCUGCCUGUGAGGUCCUUCACCUGACUGAGAACAUCUGAAGUGGAUCCCACCCCAUUGUCUGCUUGCAGGGUCUUGAAAACCAUCACAUGAUCACAUAGCAUGGGGCCAUUGCUACUUUCCCAUGGCUGCUAUCUUGGCAUUUUAUGCAGCUAUCUGAUCAACCUCUUGGACACUUUUUCAGUCGUUUAAAAGCUAUAGUGAGAUGCAGGUGGAAAAGGUUCUUGGGAAAUUUGAAUUUCCAGAGCUGGCCCUGUAACUGACUCCUGAGGACAGCCUUCCUCUUCCACAUCUGGGAAACAUCUCUUUGAAUUUGCUGGGUUUUGUUGCACCAGCCCAGAUGUCUUACAUCUGAGAAAGAUUGACAGGCCAAGCUGUGAGACAGUGAGAAAUAUUUAGCAAAUAAUUUCCUGGUGUGAAGGUUCUGCUAUCACUAAGGAUGAUUAUGUAUAUGUAAAAGUGAAAGGUCAAUGGACUAGUCCCCAACAAGGCCUUUAUAUCUGGGAAA